UCUUUUUAAUUCCCUCCCUUUCACUGCUUGUUCAAGCUUGCUCCACUUUAUAUCUCUUCCUAUCUCUCUCUCUCUCUCCCUCUUUCCCUCUCUCUUUCGAUAUGGGGUUUGAGGGAAAAAGAUUCAAUUUGUUACUAUUAUUAUUUGUUCUUUUGUUGCUUUGCUUGUAUGAUUUCUGAAAAAGUGUAAAAAGCAGGAUAUAGUGGUGAAACCAAUGGAGGAGAUAGUGCCAAACACAUGCUCAAAGCCUGCUUCUUCUCUAGAGAGGAGGGUUAGGCCCCAGAAAGAUCAGGCCUUGAACUGUCCAAGGUGCAACUCAACCAACACUAAAUUCUGUUAUUACAAUAACUACAGUUUGUCUCAGCCCAGAUACUUCUGCAAGAGCUGCAGAAGAUACUGGACUGAGGGUGGAUCUCUUCGGAACAUUCCGGUCGGAGGAGGCUCAAGGAAGAACAAGAGGUCUUCCUCUAAUCCCUCCAAUUCAUCAUCUUCAUCUUCUUCUUCUUCAUCCAAGAAGCUUCCUGAUCUGUUGCCACCGCCGCAGUUGCCACCGCCACCGGCAACCACUAAUCAAAACCCUAAUAGCAAGAUCCAUGAAGCCGGACAAGAUCUCAACGUGGCCGCCUUCCCAACUCAUGAUCUCAAGACCAUCUCUGAACUCAUCCAAGUCCCCAAUUUUGACAGCAAGCCUUCAUCUUCUUCAACUGCUUCAUCUCAUCAUCUCUCGGCUUUGGAGCUUCUGACUGGGUUCAGUUCCAGGAGCUUGAAUAAUUCAUUCAUGGAGCCCAUGCCCAUGUCAGAUCAUGGAAGCACAAUUUACUCAUCGUCAUCCGGGUUUUCUCUGCAGCAUGACUUCAAGCCAAGCCUGAAUUUCUCUUUGGAUGGGCUUGGAAUUGGAAGUGGUGGGUAUGGGAAUCUGCAAGAAAAUAGUGGGUCGAGGCAGCAUCUGUUUCCCUUUGAAGAUCUGAAAGGCACAUCUGACCAUCAUAUGGAGCAAAGUAGAGAUCAGCAAGGAGCUGAUUCGUCUGGGUAUUGGAAUGGAGUGUUGGGUGGUGGAUCAUGGUAAAGAAGAAAAGCUAUAUAAUCUGGGUCUUUUCAUUAUUAUUAUUAUUACUAUUAUUUUUGUUUAUGGCUUUAUUUUUUUGACAUUUUUUUGUCCUUUUUUGGUUUCUCAUGGUGGGUGACUUGUUUGGAUUUCUUCUGAACUAACAGAUCAUAGGAUACAUGGGUUUCUCUCUCUCUCUCUCUCUGAGAUCCAUUUUCCAUUUUGAUUUGUGUUUCUAUUUUUUUUUUUUUCAUCCUUUUGAGUUAUGAUGGGAUUUUGAAGCUUAUUUUAGGGGUACAUGAGAGAAUUUGGGGUACUGUGUAGUGAUAGAAGAAGAGGAGAGAUCAUAGAGACGAAGAAAUUAUAAAGCCCAGAUUUUUAAAGGGCAAGUGCUGGAUAUAUAGAAGAAGAGAAGGCUUCAAUUUGCAGCCUUGACAUCUUAUUAUACCCUUACUCUAUAUAUAUCUCUCUUCUAUCACAAACCAAAGAGAAAUGCCUAGCUAAAAGGCUACCCACUUGUUACAAUAUAUUGUAACACACACACAUAUAUAUAUAUAUCAUCUGUUGGCUUUUGGUACAAAUUAGAACAGUUAUGUCUGAAGUGCGUGAAAGUUUGUAAGCAGUUUUAAAGU